ACUGGAGCUCGCAACAGCGGGCUUAGUGAUCUUCCAUUGCGCAGCAGUGGAGGUAGUGUAUUCCGGACUACAAAGAUGUAGGUCGUGAACGUACAGUACAGUAAGGUACACAGGGCAGUUACAUGACAAAUGCCCCGCCAAUCUCCCAACAGUGUUGGACAGGAAUACUCUGCUGGGCUGGUAAAACAGGGGGGGCCUGGCAGAUCGGGAUUCAGUGGGCCUGGGCUCUACUUGGCGCCUGGGAAUUUUUUAGGAUGGUGCCCGCAACCUUUGCACCAGCAUGCAAGCAACUUGGAACAGCUGCCACUCACCAGCGCGGACGGCGCGGACGAUCUUGCGGUAAGAGCCAGCUGCGAGCAGCCGCAGAGAUGCCCGUGGCAUCGCAAUGACAAUACUUUCCGCGCUGUCUUGGAGAGCGUGCCUGGCUCUUUGCCGCGUCCACGCACUCUCGGCUCCGGCGCUGUCCGCUCGGCAGCGGGUCUUUGGUUCUCGCAGCAGCCUCCUCCGAGCGCACUCGACCGAGACAGAUGCUUCCCUUCCCGAGGCGACCGGCGAAUCCGAUGCUCCGGCCGUGACAGCGAGCGAGCUUGCCGCCACGGACCAGCCGGAUCAGCCGAACCAGCCGGCGUCGCUGAUCGACCGCCUCCGCCACGUGCCCGUGCGAGCCCACGGCGCCUUGGAGUCGAUCGUCAUCAAGCCCCUCACGCCGUAUCCGCACCGACGUGAAGCCCACAACGAGCGUCGGAAGGCCUUCAUCGCCAGGGCGCAGCAAGCGCGCCUCCGGGAGAACCUCCGGCGGCCCACCCUGGGCGACUGGCGCGUCAUCCUGCGGAACCUGAUUAGCUGGACGCCGAAGUACACCUGGCCGCAGAACGGAAUCAAGGUCAUCAUCCCGCAGGGCUCGACCAAAGCGCUCCUGGCCGACCACGACGGCAAUGUGUGGAACAUCAAGUCGAGGUGGCGGUGCCGCAUGACGCUGUUCCGCCCUUCCGUCGAGGCGGUCGGAACGGAGGGCGAGAGCGAGGGCGGAGAUGGAGAUGGCGUCACGAGCAAAACCAAUCCCGGCAGCAAAAGCGAUAGAGGGGCUGCAGAUCCCUACAUCAUCCUCACGGGCCAGCCAGUCGACCUGGCUGCUGCGGUUGAUGACAUCCUCAAGGUGACCAGAGAGGUUAUUGUGGUGAAGCUCCAAAACGGCACCGAGACUGUCUUGCAUGGCGGACAAGGCGAAGCUGCCAGGCUCUCGGUGUCCCAGUUCCGCUUUCUGCUGCGGCCCAAGCCCUACGUCCUGACGCAAAGGGCAGACGAGAUCCCCAAACCGGCCGAGUGGACUAGCGAGAGCUUGCAGCAGUACAUUGCCGCUCUGACCAUGGGUCGUGUGGCCAGCGGCCUCUCUCGAAAGCUGUAUCCCGGCAAGGCCAGCCACCAGGACGUGGUUGCGUUUCAAUUGCUCUCUGUGUUCAAGGACCCGAAGGCGUCGGCCGUCAUGUCGAACAUGGCACUCAAGCUCGCCUUGAGGUUCCUAGUAGGGGCGGGCGCAACGCGCCUCAAGAGUGCCAAGCUGAUAUUCUUGCGUGCCCAGAAGAUGGGCCUGCGCUUAGACACCGACGUGUACAAUAUCAUGGCCGAGACGGCGGUGAAGUCCAAGAACAUGAUGGCCUUCCAGAGCAUCCUGCGCCUCAUGGUUAAGCGUGGACAGCGGCCCAACCUCCGCACCUGGCUCCUCUUCCUCCGCUUGAUCGAGGCCGAGGAGGUCAGGCGAUACAUCAUCCACUCGAUGCACGCCAAGAAUUUCUUCGUCACUCCGACGGCGGUAGUCGCCGUGUCAAGGGAGAUGGCCCGCAACGAUGCCUACCGCGCAAUCCAGCUGGGACAGGACAUGGCUACCUUUCUUGCCGCCCAGCGUAAGCUUUAUGGCCCGGCAUGGUGGCUGCCGACGGUGGCAGCGAACAAGGUGCUCGACGUCUUCGCGCGCUACGGGAAGUUCGACGAGGCGAAGCAGCUCGUGUUGCUCAUGCUUUCCCGCAAGCGCGUUUACGGCAAGCCCGACGCCGUGACUCUUAACACGCUCCUCGCGAGCUGUAGGUCGCAGAACAAGAUCGACCGCGCCAUCGAGUUUAUUCGCAUGUUCGACCAGCACGGUGUCCGAGUCGCCGACCAUGUCUCGUUCCGUCUGCUGAUGGAGUCGGCACGGGCGCUGAGGAAACCGCAUCUGGCCGGCGCCAUCUUCCGGUACGCGCAUCUGCAGCAGCGCACGAGUUUCCGCCUCCGCAGACGCGGCGCUUCGUUGCUGAAAGACGACGAAGAAGUCGAGAGGAUUACCGACCGGAUACGCCGCUUAUGGCAGGAGGAGCCCGGUGAGUCCUGCAAAUUCCAGUGCAGGCAGUCGAGAAAGGAGUUUGUCACGAACCUCCUGCUCUGCGACUACCAGCGCCACCUCGCGGCGCCGACAGAGCACGGGGACGAAGCAGCGGCAGCAAACCGAUCUCCCGAUGACGAUGAUGAUUCUCCGGGCGAGCCGGGCGAGCCACCAAUAGUCGGCCAGCGUUCGCAGGACGCUUCUCCUGGAACGUACAGCGGCUUCUUCAGCUGGGCGCUGGACCAGGCUUCGAGAUGGGAGCCCGCCGUGCCUCUCGGCGAGUUCCUCGAGGCGGCCCUCGCCCGCGACCGCGAGCUGCAUGCGCUGGCGCACGAGCCGCGGAUCGAGGGCCAGCCGCGCGAGCCAGUGCCCGAUCCCCUGGAGAGCCCACCACCGCUGCCUCUGAGGCCGCGUUUGGAGGGUAGAACCACCCCAGCCCGGGGAGGUUCCGAGGGCAAGCAAGACGGUGAAGCCGGCGUCGGCGGUGAGGCAAAGCGUGAAAAUUCAAUAAGAAUAAGAAGGGUAUCAGCGCCAUUACGGAUAAGAUGGUUAGCAACGCAAGUAGAGUGGAAAGAGAAGCAGCAAGAGCGCCUGCAGGAACAGGCAAAUGCGCUACCGUUCGGAAGCGGAAGCGAAAGCACAACAGAGUUGCUAAGAUGGCCGCCGCUACGGUACCGCCGAAAGACAGCCAAAAGCAAGGGGAGUAAGAAGGCCGAGUCGGAGUCUCAGGGGCAACAAAGCGGGUGAAAGGCUGGAGCUGGAAUCGAAUCUUCAGACUCGCCCGCUCCUGAGAGGUUCUGCUGCGUGGAGGCAGCGACACCACGAUGAAGUGUAUGAACUACCAUGUUGGCAUAUACCUGGUAUGUAUGUGCCUCACUGAGAUGCACAUAUACCCACAGAAUAUGUACUGUACAUCGUCUGUUGUAUGGACUACCUACAGUGCAUUGUACAUUACAGUUAGACCUUCGCAAACCUUGUAAACAUUCAACAUUAAUCACCUCUCCUUCCGUGGUGUCCUUGCUUCCAAGGUUAGCCUGUCCUUUGCUGUGCUCCGUGUUCGCCAAGCACUGCCCUAACUGCA